CAGUGGGAAGGCAAUCGCGUGGAAGAAAUACGAUUAAAUUGAGCUGAAAUUUGCUAUUUGUAAUUUGAAUUAAUCCUAUUUAUAGAAUUUAAAUCCAGUUCAACUGAGUACAGUUUCCCCCAUUUUUGUUCUGUCUGAAAAAAACAUACUUUUCUUUAUCAGGCUCGCAUUUGGAUAGAUAGCUGUGGGAUUUCCUUUAUUUUUCCCUCUUUGCUUUUGCCCUGUGGUAACUUGUUGACCCUGAAGACGACCGCCUGGUUGUCUUGCUGGAUCUGAAUCGUAGCAUGAAAUUGAAGGCAACAUCCGUCACGCUGCUUUCUAAAGAAAACUUCCUCUAAACUUCUCUUUAUGGCGCAAAAUGACAGACUCUAACUUGAGGAACGGAAGCAACGAUGGGCUGUAUUUUGCUGAAACGUUCAACGAAUCUGCUUUGGAUCACAUAUUUCCAAAUGACAGCAUCACAAUAUGCAGGAACUUCACCAUGGACUCGCAGGUUGUCGGGGUCGGGAUCUUUCUUUCCGUUUUCAUUUUGGUGGCGCUUGUUGGGAAUAUUUUGGUUAUCCUGUCUGUGGUGUGCAAUAAACAUUUACAGACCGUCACAAACUUCUUCAUUGUCAACUUAGCCAUAGCAGACCUUUUGUUGAGUGUCAUUGUGCUGCCAUUCUCUGCAUCUUUAGAGGUUCUGGGAUGCUGGGUGUUUGGACGGAUUUUCUGUAACAUCUGGGCAGCUGUGGAUGUGCUCUGCUGCACCGCCUCCAUCCUCAGUCUCUGUAUAAUCUCUAUCGACCGGUACAUUGGAGUCAAAUACUGCCUUAAAUAUCCAACUAUUAUGACAGAAAGGAAGGCAGUGGCUAUUUUAGUCAUCGUUUGGGUAUCAUCUACAGUCAUCUCUGUUGGACCGCUCCUGGGCUGGAAGGAACCCCCGCCUGUGGACGAAAGCAUCUGCAGGAUCACAGAGGAGCCUGGUUACGCACUCUUCUCCUCUCUUUUCUCUUUCUACUUGCCACUCAUGGUUAUUAUCGUCAUGUAUUUUCGGGUGUAUGUGGUGGCCCGCAGGACUACUAAGAACCUGGAAGCGGGUGUCAAACGGGAGAGAAAUAAAUCUGUGGAAGUAGUCCUGCGCAUACACUGUCGCAGCGUGGUAGAAGACGCGCGUCCCGCCAGCUCCAAAAGCAACAAAAACCAUCCGUUUCGAAGUUCGCUCUCAGUGCGGCUGAUGAAGUUUUCUCGGGAGAAAAAGGCUGCUAAAACUCUUGCCAUCGUGGUGGGGAUGUUCAUCCUCUGUUGGCUGCCCUUUUUCUUCAUUCUUCCAAUGGGAUCCUUCUUCCCAGCACUAAAACCAUCUGAAACUGUGUUCAAGAUAGUCUUUUGGCUAGGAUACUUCAACAGCUGCAUCAACCCGAUGAUCUACCCCUGCUCCAGCAAAGAGUUCCAGCGGGCUUUCACUCAGCUCCUUAGAUGCCAGUGUCACCAAAGGCGGAGGGUCCUGCGUCGCUUCUAUGACCAGAGGUGGCGAACAGCUGUGAAAGGAAUAACAACAGACCAAAGGGGAAAUUACACCCCUGGCUAUGCUGUGCACGGAUCCUGUGACGGCUCUUUCUUACAUAAGAAAAAAGGAUGCUCGCUUGGAUUUAAGAGAUGGAGCCUUUUUCCACCUCUGCAAAAAUCCUCCUUCCAGUUCAAAGAAAAAGUGAACAAUCUGUCAAAUAAAUUCAAGGGAGGGACAGGAAAAGGCAGCACUGUACCAGUGGGUCACACUGAAACAGUGGAUACAGUCUCAAUGGGGAUUUACAACUCAUGUGAGCAGAGCAGUUAUCAGUUCUAUGAUCUAGCAGAAUGUUAUGGUCUGAAGGAGACUGACAUUUAGAGGGCCUCCAGAGAGACUUUUAUUUAUUUUCAAAGGGCCACACUGGACCAACUUGCAGAAAUGACUGUGAUAGGACAUAACAUUUGGAAAAUAUCUGAAAAUCAAAGUUGAAGCUGAAAAUAAUGGCUUGAACCCAGCACAAAUGGAACUAAUAUUUUCUUUCAGCCCCUCAUGGCUGUUGUGUUUCAUUACAUGAAACUUCCUGUAAACAGCCUUAAUUCACACAUUGGAGGUGAAUAUACUGCAGCAAACUCACUGACCUGACUGCUAUCAUUAGGCCACCAUGCAUUCUGCAAAAGCCCAUUUCUGUGGGUAAAAUAUUCAACACAAACCGAGAUCAUCAUUACAGUUAACAUGCAUUAUGUCAAACUCUAUUUCAGAGUCAGCUUGUCUUCACCUGAUGGCCAACUGACACCAUGUGAUCACGACAGCGACCACUUUGUUUGAUAUUUUUAAAGAUUUGAAGUUAAAAGAAAAAAAAAAAAACAAUAAAACAAAACUCAUAAAUACAAAAAAUGUGCUGAAGCUCUAUCACCGAAGAGUCAUGAAUGCAAUUUUCAUUAUUAGAAACUCUGGAAUCAAUUUAAUGUAAAAUACCAGAGUGGAUUAUGAUUAUUCAUCUUUGUUUGUGACAAGGCAUUGUAAGAUAAGAAGCCAGCAAAGAAUACAGAUGUUGCACAGUAUUUAUUGUCUUGGAUUUAUGGGGUAAUCUGACACAAAUGUGUAGACCUAAGUGUGAUCUGCAAUGCCAAGUGAGCAUUAAUGUGAAAUGAAUGUGCUGUUUUGUUUUGUUUUGGUUUGUUUUUUUGUUGUUGUUGUAGUUGUU